ACAUCAAACAAGGUAGAGUAGAAAUUGGAUUUGUUACUAUCGGGCAAGAGAGGAAGAGGCUGCUUUCGUCUUCAACCUCAGAGCUCCAAUUUGCCCUAGCUUUUGAUUUUGAUUCUGAUUUUCCAAUUCGAAUUCAAGUCAACAAAUUGAAGAGCGCCAUAGAGAGACAGAGAGGUCAAUAUGAAGACGACCAAGGGAGGCAAGGUCAUGAACCCUACCGACGCUUAUCGUAAGGAGCUUCGCAAAAAGGAAUUGAAACGGAACAAGAAAGAAAGGAAGAAGGUGAGGGAGGUUGGGAUCUUGAAGAAGGAUCCUGAGACUCUGAAGGAGCAGAUUGAUAAGUUGAAUAAGCAAAAGGCUGAUGGCGCUUUGGACAAAGCAAGAAAACACAAGAAGAGGCAGCUAGAAGAUACGCUUAAUCUUGUUAUGAAGAAGAGGAAGGAAGUUGAAGAGAAAGCAAAGGAGAAGGGUGAGACGCCGGUUAUGUUCAGUCAUUUGGGACCACCUAAAAGACGAACAACUGCUGAGGAAGAAGAAAGAGCGAAGAAUCCGCAGCCUGAGGACUCUGUUUACUACCACCCAACCUUGAAUCCUACUGGGGCCCCACCACCAGGAAAGCCUCCAAUGUUUCAAUCAUCGAUAGGGCCAAGAAUUCCUUUAUCUGAUGGUUCAUCAAGUGGGGCAGCAUCAUCCUCUCAGGAUGGUGUAUUAUCUGAUGGUCUGCCCAAUUUUGGCAUCAAUGGCCUCGGUGAUGGCUCCGUUCUUCCUGAGUCUUUGCCUUUACCUCCUCCGCCUCCAUUGCCACCCAACCCUGCAGCUUUAAACUCAGGUAUCUCAUUGCCACCACCUCCACCUCCUCCUCCUGGACCUCUGCCUCCUAACGAGCAGAUUGCUAAUCGCACUCUCCUUCCCCCUCCUCCACCUCUUCAUCAGUCUGCACAGCCACCUCCACCUGGUAUCAGUGGAAGUGAGAGGGAGAACAAUCAAUCUCCAUUUUCUGAUCAACCUCCCUCCAAGGAUCCCACACAGUUUCCUUCUCUCUUGCAGGUGCCAACGAUACUUCCUCCCCCUCCUGGUUUGCCUCCAAAUUCGACAAAUACUCAAUUUGAAGGUGCAACUUCUGAUGCUGAAACAAAUACUACUCUAGUGACCAGGGAUCUUGCUAAGAUGGUUCCACCACCACCUCCUCCACGACAACAACCUCCACUGCCUGGACCUACCCUGAUUCCAAAUAUACAUCCCGAUGUGUUACCCCCUGGUAUCGCUCGGUUUCCUCCACCACCACCGCCACCAGAUAUGCGGCCACCAUUGUCUGCUCCUGGACUUCCUGGUCGACCGGCUCCACCAGGCAUGAUGAUCCCAAUGAUUCCCAGGCCACCAUACGGACCUCCCCCUGGACCUCCCCCAAUGAUGAGACCACCACUUCCACCUGGCCCUCCUCCUACAUUUCAAGAAGAUGAUCAUACAGCAUAUGGAAUGGCUGCUCAUCAUAAACCAUCGUAUAUAAAAUCGGCAGCAUCUACUGUUGUCAAGAGGCCUCUAGCUCAGCAUACUCCAGAACUUACAGCCAUGGUUCCUGCAUCUGUUCGGGUUAGGAGAGAGAUGGCUGCCCCCAAAGCAAAACCAAAAGCAUCACUUCCAACUACAUCAGUGGCUGCCCGGCCAGCAACUACUUUCGUGAAACCAGAGCCAGUGAACUCAUCAUCAGGAACAAAGGCAGGAAGCAUUGAUGACUCUUACAUGGCCUUCCUGGAGGACAUGAAGGCACUUGGUGCACUUGAAGGUUGAUAACAUAGUAGCUUGUUGAGGGGCUCAAAGAUAAAGAAGGAUGGCAUGCCUGUAGGAAACCACGGGCUGUAAAUGAAGCUGGGGUUGAGCAUAUUUGAUUGUCAAUGUCCUCAGGGGUUGAGCGUAUUUGAUUGGCAAUGUCCUCAGUUUCCUAAUGCAUCAAUUUCAUGGUGAACUUCUGUAUUAUCAGACCAAAGAUGUGGUAGAAGUUCGGGAUGUAUGAUAUUUAAUUGAUAUUUAAUAUAAAUGAUUACAACUGCUCCUUCUUGAGU